CCCGACCCUGCAAGUCAUCCCUACGCCUCCUUUCUCUUUCCGACUGAACCCCAAGAACAUCCUCUCCAUCUCUCUCUGCUUCCAAUGGCGAAGGGCGGGCUGAGCAGCAAGCUCAAGUGCAUGAUCAGGCGGUGGCACUCGUCGAGCCGGAUCUCCCGCACGCCCUCGGCGGUGUCGCACGGCGGCGGCGAGGAGGAGGACCCGUGGGGCCGCGGCGUCGGCGGGGGCGGGGGCGGCGCGGCGUCGUUCCACGGCGCCGACGGCGUGCCCCCGGGCCUCCACCCGGUGUACGUCGGCAAGUCGCGCCGCCGCUACCUCAUCGCCGCCGACCUCGUCUGCCACCCGCUGUUCCAGAACCUCGUGGACCGCUCGGGCGGCGGCGUGGGCGGCGACGGCGCCGGCGGCACCAUCAUCGGCUGCGAGGUGGUGCUGUUCGAGCACCUCCUCUGGAUGCUGGAGAACGCGGACCCGCAGCCCGAGUCGCUGGACGAGCUCGUCGAGUACUACGCGUGUUGACCGGCCGGCCGGCCGGCCAACCGCCCACAUCAUCCGCAGCUGGCGGCGCCAAGCUCGCCAGAGUUGGUGGCCUGGCCUCUAUAGGGGGCAAUUUGGUAAUUCUUUCUUUAAGCUAGGGGUAGAGUUGUAAUAUAAUACGCCUGUCAAGCGUGCACCGAGGGCGACGUGAGUGGGUAAUUAAGUUGUGUGUGGAGAUUUAUUUAACCUUGAGGCGUUCGUGGUAAUUCGGGGAUUAGCUUCGCAAUUACCGCGCGCCCAAGAAUGAUGCUGUUCUGGGGCUAUUAAUCAAUUUCCCUAAUGAUUGGUGUGGUA